GGGGGAGGCACGAGAGGAGGAGGAACCUGCUGCAACAGCCGUAUGAUUUCUCUGCAAAAAACUCUGCUUUAAUGCCAUGCACAUUUGAAGUAAAUUAAGAACUACACCAGCCAGGAAAGCCCACAAAUUUAAAGAAGACAAGACUUUCAGAGUGCCAACAAAAUGCAGAAGCAAGUGGAGGUCAGGAUGGACGAGAGCCACCUGGAGAACAACGUGGACACUCCUGAGAGUGCAUGCGGCAGUCUGUGCGAUAAAAUCAUGAAGAACAUGGUUCUCACUCUCACAAUCCUUGGUGUUUUUCUGGGUUCCAUUGCUGGAAUGCUGCUGCGGCACAUAUCGCCUCUCCAUCCUGAUAUUAUUAUGAUCAUUGCCUUCCCUGGGGAGAUCCUAAUGAGGAUGCUGAAGAUGCUUAUUUUGCCUCUUGUUGUUUCCAGUCUGGUCACAGGACUGGCCGGUUUGGAUGCCAAAUCCAGUGGCCGCUUAGGCACCAGGGCCAUGGUGUACUACAUGUCAACAACGGUGAUCGCAGCAGUACUCGGAGUGGUCCUGGUGCUGCUCAUCCAUCCCGGGAACCCCAAGCUUAGGGCUAAUCUCGGGCAGGGAAAGAAGAAUGAUGAGGUGUCCAGCGUAGAUGCUUUUUUCGAUCUCAUCAGGAAUCUUUUCCCAGAGAACUUGGUGCAGGCGUGCUUUCAGCAGAUCCAGACAGUAACCACAAAAGUGCAAGUGCCCACUAACAGAACCAAAGCACCUCCGCAAUUCACAGUCAAAAGGUCGCUUCAGUUCAAGAGUGGGAUGAAUGUCCUGGGUUUGAUUGGAUUCUUUGUCGCCUUUGGAGUUAUUAUGGGGAAAAUGGGAGAAAAGGCCAAACUGAUGCUGGAAUUUUUCAAUGUCCUGAAUGAGAUUGUUAUGAGGCUUGUUGGUGCAAUUAUGUGGUAUUCUCCUGUUGGUAUUGCCUGCCUCAUCUGUGGAAAGAUCAUCUCCAUUGCUGACUUGGAGGUAGUUGCGCGGCAGCUUGGGAUGUAUAUGAUCACUGUGAUAGUGGGUCUCAUCAUCCAUGGAGGCAUCUUCCUGCCGCUGAUAUAUUUUGUGAUAGUAAAGGAAAAUCCCUUCAAGUUCUUCAUGGGAAUAUUCCAAGCUUGGGUCACAGCACUUGGAACAGCAUCCAGCGCCGGUACCUUGCCUGUCACAUUCCGAUGCUUAGAGGAGAACCUGGGCAUCGACAAGCGAGUAACACGUUUUGUCCUCCCAGUGGGUGCCACCAUUAACAUGGACGGCACGGCACUUUAUGAGGCUGUGGCUGCCAUCUUCAUCGCUCAGAUGAAUGGGAUUGUGCUCGACUGGGGUCAGAUUGUUACUGUCAGUAUGACAGCCACCCUGGCCAGUGUGGGAGCAGCCAGCAUCCCCAGUGCUGGACUGGUGACCAUGCUUUUGAUCCUCACGGCGGUGGGGCUGCCCACUCAGGACAUCAGCCUCCUGGUCGCUGUCGACUGGCUGCUGGAUCGUUUCCGCACAUCAGUUAACGUGGUCGGGGACUCGUAUGGAGCAGGUAUCGUGUACCACCUUUCCAAACACGAGCUGGACUCUUUUGACUCCCAACAGGCCCGGAUGGAGGACUUUGAGAUGGCAAGGAAUCAAUCCUUCUUUGAAAAUAACACCAACCAGAAUGUGUAUGCUCACCACAACUCAAUCUUGAUAGACGACUGCAAGGUACAUUUCACAUUAACAGACAUAGAGACUUGUAUGUAGAGAAUCCUCCCCAGCUCUGUGUCUGUGUCUUCUUGUCUGUGGUUGUGUUUGUUUUCUAUGUGACUUCUUAUAUUGAUGUAUUUGUGUCUGUGUGAAUAGUAAAUGUCACAUUUUCAUUGAAGAAAAUGUUUUUCUUCAGGAAGGUAAAUAAAUAUUCCUAUAUUUAUUUAUUCACCUAUUAAUCAAAUGAAAAAGCAGUUUUUGUGAUACCAGGUCCGUAAAAUCAAAGCAUGUUCCUUUUUUAUAAAAUACUUUUUUUUUUUUUAUCAUCCUCACAAACUCUGUCUUACUCUCACUGAAUCUAAAUGAAAGUGUUUCUUUUUAAGCAUCAACCUUUCCUCAUGCGUUGUCUUGUACCUAAUUAUAUUUGACUUGUAUUUUGUUGUGGUAUGUCUUGAUUUAAUUAAGAAAUUGUUUUUUCUUUUGUCUACUUAAUUGGACAUGUAUUUAUGGCAGCCCUGACCAAAUUACAGUUUUCAAUCAUUGGCCAUCUUUUGAAAGAGCUAGUGGUAUACAUAAAGACUGCUGUUUCACCAUGUUUCACCCAGAAUGAACUGCCUAUCAAAGAUCCUCUCCUUUCAAUAUUGUAGUUAGUCUUCUGAAAAAAACAGGGGCAAAGUUGUUGUUGUUAGAGAAGUUCACACAUACAGUGUUGGUAAAAUAAUUUUGUUUGUCUGUACGUUGCAACUUUGUGUCCGAUGAUAAAGUUGCAUUCUGAUUAUUUCAGUAUUGUAAUUCGGUUGGGCAGAGAAUCCAUAAAAUACAUGGCCAACUCUGAUAAACUCUAAUUGUCCUUGCUUUGAUAUUAUCUUGUAACUGCAAAUCACACUACACUGUAAAGAGCAUCACUGUAUAACUGUAUCAGUGUAUGAGAUGACAUGCAUUUCAGUGUUGGGGAUUCACAUAUUAAUUCUGCCCUUAAAUCAAUGGCCUGAAUGUAAUGAAGCAAUGGCUUCUCUGCUCCCAACCGCUGAUGAAGUAUAAUGACGGUGCCUUGGCCCCAUAGUUAGAUGUUCUUGAUAACUGCUUACAGGUCACCAUGGGCAAAAAUGGCAAGACUGCAGAGUUCUCUCUUGUUGAGGAGGAACCAUGGAAAUGCGAGUAAAGCAGAUCCAGAUGCUGCUGCGCCUUACCCUGAGUUCCAACGCUUUUUAUGUUUUACCAAUGCAAUUAUAAGAAAAAACAAAAAAAUAACAUACAAAAAGAAAAAAAAGAAUGUUAGCAGAGUCAUCCGUACCGCGAAAACAAACAGUCGUCCAGUCUUUCAGUUACCCAUCCGGGUAGCUACCGGAGUAAAGAUGAUUGAGAUGAUUCACCAACUUUGGUCCAACUAGACACAAAGUAUAAUGAACUGGUGCAUUUCAUGCACUUUGUACAGAAGAAUAAAUCAUUGGUUGACAACACUCAGGGCCUUACUUGGUGCUGCUGCAAGCUUCCUGUUCUGUCAACAAAAGAAUUCUUCUACUGUGUGCAACAUCUCCUUUUUCUUUUGUAUUGAAGCAUUGUAGAAGAUUGUAGCUUAAAGGGCAGAGAGGUGAGGGGUGGAUCAUGGCCUUGCCAGUUAAAUUUAGUACGAGAAUCAUUUGAGAGAUAACAUAAUAGUUGGUGUGAAUUGACUCAGAACAAAUUAACAAAAUAAGGUGAUCAGAAUUUGACAGAUAAACUGAAUAGCAGUCAUUAUCAGUGCUGUGUGUAUUUGUGAUUUCUGACACUCUCUGUAUUUCUAUAAAACAUCUAAAUACCAUAGAUUUCAAACAACACAAACUGUAUUUGUGAAAAGAGAACAUAAACUCAAUGAAGCAACAUUUUGUGUAGCAUUAUGACGUAGGUGGUUAAACACUGCAUUACCUUUGACUGUUUGACUUAUGGGAUUACUCCCUGAUGUCGCACACAUGGUCAAGCCUAAGAAGCAAAGCUUAGGACUUAGACCAUAAGAAGGGAGCAUGUGUCCUCUAAAUGUGGCAACAAACAGCACAGAAUGUGUUGUAGAGAGCUGUAAAGCAGAAAAUAGUUAGUCUUUUAUUUGUUACUUUUUGUAUAUAUGUUCUGAGUGAAGCAAUAGGAUUCAGUUUGUAGUCUAAAAGUAUGCCUGUGUACUGCAGUUUAUGCAUGUUCAUGUGUGCUGAGAACAAGAGAGAUUAACAAGGAAAGAGAGUCGGAUGGUC